AUGAGGAAAGCAGUCAAUGGAAUCCCACCUUUUAAAGACAAAAAGCUUCAUAUUCAGAAUCUUCAGUUUGAAGACGUGACUGUGAGGCUGUACCAGCCAAAAGUGCCUGCCACAAAGCCCAGAAAAGGAAUCCUUUUCUUUCAUGGAGGAAUUGGCAUGUGGGGCAGCAUCGAUUCCUACGAACGAGUAUGCCGCUUUCUUGCUAGGGAAAGUGACUCAGUGGUUGUCUCCGUUGGGUACCGUCUGUCUCCUGAGUACCCCUAUCCUAGACAGUUCAAGGACUGUCUCGUCGCCACCAUCCACUUUAUGAAGAAUGCAGAAGACUAUGGAGUGGAUCCCGAGUGUAUCGUCAUUAGUGGAGAUAGUCUAGGGGGCACAUUCACGGCAGCUGUUUGUCAAGAACUGGUCAAAAGAACGGACGUCCCCAAAGUACGUGCUCAGAUCUUGCUCUACCCUUUUUUACAAGCCAUCGAUUUCAAUUUACCUUCCCAUCAGCAAAACCGAUUUGUGCCCCCAUUUUUCCAAAGAAUAAUAGUAGAAGCAGGUGUUCAGUAUCUCGGGAAAAGCAAGUCUGUAGCGAAAGAAUUAAGAAAAGGCUCCCACAUUCCCGAGGACAUGAAAAUGAAGUUGAGGAGCUGGAUAAGUCCAGAUGUCAUCCCGAAGGAAUUCAAACUCAGAGGCUACAAACCACCACCACCGGCUGUCUUCUCACCAGAAAUUCACCAACAAGUCAAGGAGGCUUUUGAUACCAUUUUUUCACCCCUUCUUGCUGAUGUGGACAUUGUCCAGCAGCUCCCAGAGAUGUUCAUUUUAACAUGUGAAUAUGAUGUCCUCAGAGAUGAAGGACUACUGUACAAAAAGAGGUUAGAGGAUGAGGGGGUUCCUGUGACUUGGUACCACCUUGCAGAUGGAUUCCAUGGAGCCAUCUUCUCCAUCGAUAUGCCUCUGCUUUCUCUUUCAUGUGCCAAAAGUGGGGUGGACAGAGUUGUGAAUUUUGUAAAAGGGUUGUAA